AUGACAGACCCAGACCUCAACAAUAAGCUCGAUAGACUACUCACUCUAUUGGAAGCACAGCUAGAGCUUACCAGACAGGUCUCAAUCAACCUGGAUGAGCAGGAGGACAUCAACUAUGAGAAGUAUGCUUCACCUACUGGGCCAAGAUAUGUCAAGACUAAGGUGGACCCCUACAGCAGGACUAGGAUGGACCCUUACCCCCUGGACCAUGAGGAGGACACCAGCAUCAUGGCAGAGCUUAACCGGUCAAAGCCCAUCGCCACCCCCUUCCCAAAGUUCAAUCCCCAAGACAUGGAGAUCUUCAUUCUAGAAGCCGAAGCAUGGUUUAAGUUCAACCAGGUGUAUGAGCAGACUAGGAUGAUCAACCACAUGGGUGCUCAACUGGAAGGGACAGCAAGAGAGUGGUGGACCUCCAAGCUCCGUAUUGAUAGAGCUAGAGAAGGAAGGUUGUUCAAUGAUUGGCACUACUUCACAGAGCGACUGUCAGAACAGUUCAACCCACGCAAUGCUAGGAUGGAGGCAUACAACAAGCUGUUGGCUCUCAGACUCACAAGUGAUGCUCCUGGUGCUGCCACACAUCAUGUAGAGCGGUUCAGAGACUUGGAGGGACAGGUCAAUCUAGAUGACAACGAGCUAGUGAUGGAUCUCUUCAGAGGAAGUCUCACUUGCAGCAUACAGGAGAAGUUCGAGAGGAAUCCACCUGGGAAGAGAUGGGAGUGGUAUCGAGAGGUUGAGGAGAUCGAUCGACAGAGGAUGUUACUACAGCAGUCCUCGGCUAGACACUCACUUCCAAAUGCCACGUCACCUCCACUAAGAACUGGGUCUCAGCCAAAUCAAAGUAUCAACACCUGUCAUGUAUGCAAGGGUAUCGGCCAUUGGGCCAGAGACUGCCCCAGCAGGAGGGUAGACCCUCUUAGCUCUCGACCCAUGGGACCAAAGGUUAUGGUCACCACAGCAGACCCCUUCAAGGAGGCCACUGACUCAGGAGAUGGCCACACAGGCAGUACUGAGACGGGUGACCCCGAGGCCAUGGACCUCAGCUCAUACCAGCAACCCAUGGACCUCGACCAUGAGGAGGAGGAGCAUGAUGAUGAUGACGAUGAGGGAAACGUCAGUGGGGUGAUGCACUGA